UCAUCUUCUCAUUUCUUUCUGAAUCUUCUCCUUACUCUGUAUCUCUUUCUCUCCUGCUUUCUCAGCUUCUAACCCUUCCAAUCUUUGUUUCUUUUCGUUACUGAAACCAUGCUUCUCAGUUCUCCAGCUUCGUCUCUGUCAAUCACACAAGGGGCUAGUCGAAGCCCUUUUCAAUCUUCUUCAUUUGUUUCGCCAUCGAGCUUGAACUCGUCUUCUUCCUUUGUGUCGAUUCCUCUGAGGAAGGGAGGAGAUGGGUUCGUAGUUUCUGCUGCAGCGAAAGAUUCGGGUAAUCGGUCAUUGACUGGUGUUGUGUUUGAGCCUUUCGAAGAGAUGAAGAAGGUGCCACUGUCAACACUCGUUCCCGUCUCGCCUCAUCAGUCACUUGCACGGCAGAAGUACGCUGAUGACUCUGAGGCUGCCAUCAAUGAACAAAUUAAUGUGGAGUACAAUGUCUCCUAUGUGUAUCAUGCCCUGUAUGCCUAUUUCGACCGGGAUAAUGUUGCUCUCAAGGGCCUUGCCAAAUUUUUCCAUGAGUCAAGUGAUGAAGAGAGAGAACAUGCAGAAAAACUCAUGGAAUAUCAGAACUUGAGAGGAGGAAGAGUAAUGCUACAGCCUAUAGUGUCACCCCAGUCUGAAUUUUAUCAUGAGGAGAAAGGAGAUGCACUUUAUGCAAUGGAGCUUGCAUUGGCAUUGGAGAAGUUAACAAAUGAUAAGCUUCUGAAGUUGCACAGUGUAGCAGAACGGACUCAUGAUGUGCAGAUGGCUGAAUUCAUCGAGCGCGAGUUUUUGACUGAGCAGGUGGAAUCCAUCAAGAAGAUCGCCGAAUAUGUUGCUCAAUUGAGAAGAGUGGGCAAAGGACAUGGAGUAUGGCACUUCGACCAGAUGCUCCUCGAUGAAGACAAUGGUGCCGCAUGAUGCAGUGUUACCAUAUCAGUUUCUGGCCUUAGAGUGUGUUGCUUUCA